UAUUUUUGCUCUUAUUCAGUGCCGGUUUGCUGAUGUCUGUAAAUAAUAAUCUUUUAUUCUGUUUCCUUUCAGAUAUUCCAUCUGUGUGUCUAAUCUAAUCUAAUCCAACGUGAUUGUCCCGGAAGCUUUCUGGCUGUCACACAUUCAGUGAUAAGCAGAAUUAUCACUCUGUUGUUGUGUUUCUGGAACCUCUGUACACUUUUACCUACUUUCUUGUCAGUGACAGAAACAUCACUGAGACCAUUAGAAAUGAGUUUUUAGUUCAGAUUUUUGUCACCGAAAGAAGAGAAAAGGUUUACAUUUACUGUCAUUUUUCACAGCCGGAUUUAACAAAGGCUUUGUAGUUUAAAAUUAAGUGAAAUAUAAAUUCACACAGGCAGAUACUGGAGCUAGUUGAUCCUAAUCCAAAAACAAGCCAAACUUCCCCACACUGAUUCCUGUCUGUCCUCUGGCAGUCCGUUGGCUGCAGUGCGCGUCUGUUUGCAGGUCUGUGACAUGAAAUUGUUUGGGAAGCCCUGCACAGAGCCACCGUGUGGGCGUGUUUCUGUCGGCCCAACAGUCUCCGCUCUUGUGUCGAGUCCAGAGCGAAAAACGCACUUCUUCUGGCGCGACCGGAGAGCGUAAAAGUAGCAGCUCUCCAGCCUGACGCGCACACACCGUCUCCGGUCCCCGAAUCCAGCUUCACGGAGCCGGGAGCAGAAAAAGAGCUUCUCCACAUCUCCCGUUGACUCUUCCAGCCAUGGACGCAUCUCGUCUGGUUGCGGUAUAUCUGGGCCUCCUGCUUGUUUUUCUUGGGAAUAUUCCGUGUUUCCAGUCUGCUGCUAUCAUCGCUCCCUCUGCGCCGAGGAGGAACAGGGGAGUCAGGAUCCCUCAUCAAGACGGACAAAGGUCAUCCAAAUUCCUAAAAGACAUCUUUGCGUCUUCGCAGCCUGCUGUGGGACAUCACAAAGAAGACUUAAAGGACGCUAUCGUUCCACAUGAAUACAUGCUGUCUAUAUACAGGACUUACUCGGCUGCAGAGAAGCUCGGACUAAACGCGAGCUUUUUCCGCUCCUCUAAAUCUGCCAACACCAUAACAAGUUUUGUGGACAGAGGAACAGACGAUCUUUUGCACUCUCCUCUGCGAAGACAAAAGUAUCUGUUUGAUGUCUCAACCCUUUCAGAAAAAGAGGAGCUGGUCGGGGCGGAAUUAAGGAUAUUUAGGAGGGCGUCCGUUGAUCUGCAGACCACGGGCCUCUACGACAUCCAGCUCUCCCCCUGCCGCUCCGACAGGCUGCUGGACUCCAGGUCUCUGGACCCGCUGGACUCCACCAAAGCCGGCUGGGAGGUUCUGGACGUGUGGGAAUUGUUUAAAGCGCAUCGUCACCACCAGCACCGGCAGGGGAACCAGAUCUGCCUCCAGCUCAGGGUCACUCUGGGCAAAUCAGACACCGAGGUUGACCUGAGGCAGCUCGGACUGGACAGGAGAGGCCGGUCCCAGCAGGAGAAGGCCAUCCUGGUGGCCUACACCCGCUCCAAGAAGAGGGAGAACCUGUUCAACGAGAUGAAGGAGAAGAUCAAGUCGCGGAGGUCGGUGGGUGAGAAGGAGGACGCGGUGGUGGUGGUGAAGGCGGCAGCAGAGGAAGAUGGAGUGUUGCCCCUGAGGGGGGGCAAAGGAGAGGGGCCCCGGCGGCGGCGGAGGACCGCGCUGAGCAACCGGCACGGGAAGAGGCACGGGAAGAAAUCCAAAUCCAGGUGCAGCAAAAAGGCGCUGCAUGUGAAUUUCAAAGAGCUCGGAUGGGACGACUGGAUCAUCGCUCCUCUGGAUUACGAGGCCUACCACUGCGAGGGGGUGUGCGACUUCCCCCUCAGGUCGCACCUGGAGCCGACCAACCACGCCAUCAUACAGACACUCAUGAACUCCAUGGACCCCAACAGCACCCCGCCCAGCUGCUGCGUCCCCACCAAGCUCAGCCCCAUCAGCAUCCUGUACAUAGACUCGGGCAACAACGUGGUGUACAAACAGUACGAGGACAUGGUGGUGGAGCAGUGUGGGUGCAGGUAGCGGCAAAAAUACAUAUAAAAGACAAGAACAUUUUAAAGAUAAGGCUUUAUGGGUCCCAGGCUGAAGAUAAAAAGUCCUCACGGGUCUGAAAUGCUUUUACGCAUGAAGCGCCUCAUCUUUAUCUAAAAGGGAUGCACACAUGAGGCGAUAUCUUCUAUUUAUUCAGUCUCAGAACAGCCACAUUAACUUACAUUCUCUGCCUUAAAGUGUUUAGCACAUUAACUUGCAUCGUGCAGUCAUCCAACAGGCUUUUUGUUCCCACUGAGAGUGAGACGUGUCCACAUGGCACAAAGGACGGAGCUGUGUGAUGUGACUGAAGGCGAGAUGGGAACCUUUGGAGUCCGCCCGCGCACCUGUUCGUGCCGAGGCCAGAGGACAGUCAGCAGCUCUUUGUUGCUGCUCUGCCGUGUGAUCCUGCCAGCCUGGCCGGACUCUUUGGGUAUGUGCAGCCAGGCCGUAAUUGUCCAGUUGGAGUCAUUACAGGCCCGAGAAGUGCUUGUUUUCAAAGAAAAAAAGGAAGAGGGUGAAUGUCUAAUCUACCAAACACAGACUGGUCUGAGAAGAGGAGAUAAGAUGGUGGUGGUAAUGCCUUCAAGAGAUUUUUUUUGGAGACCAGCUGAAAAACGCGCUGGAGAAAGGCGUCGUGCGCGGACAGAAAGGACACAAAAUCACAUUUGUGCCUAAAUGGGGCCCUGUUGUAGAAAAAGAAAAAGAAAGCACACAUAACUGAGGCGAACUUUUUUUUAUUUGCUCAAAAGUCUGCAUCUUUACGAAAUGCACUUCCACACCUGACUGCGCCAGGACACGUGGUCAGCCAGCGUGGGUCUUCUCUGAUGACGAAAAUAUAAAAUAAAAUUUAAAAAGACUCGCAAACGAGACGAUAUUUAAAUGCACAUUAGCUUUGAAUGCACUGCUGUUCAUUUUUUUCUCUUUUUGUUUUUGGAGCUGUAAAUAUUUGUACAGUCAAAAACUUUACAAAGUGCAGCAAAUGAAGAAAUGAGAAAAAGGCAUUUCUUUGUAAAUAUACAAAAUGCACUCAAAUCGGUAUAAUUUCUAUUCUAUAAUUAUUUUAUUAUUUGUGAUGUACAGAAGUUCACGAUAAUCAUAUAUUUCUUACAUUGAUAAGAGUAAUUUAAGGUGUAUUCAAUAUUUUGCAGAGGGUGGAAAAUACCAUUAUUAAUGUCUACCUCAUAAUUGCAUAUAGGAUCUGAGUUUUGAGGUGCAUUCAGUUAGAGUCUAAAGAGCUUUUACAAUGAUAUAUAAGAUCAUUUAUAUACAUAUAUUACUGGAUAAUAUUCCACACUGUACAAAUAAAAUUCAAAACAAAAUA